AAAUCUUUCGCAAUAUUGGGACUUUUUUUGAAGAUCUGAAGCCUCUCAGUUCUAGAGAGAGAAAUCGAAUAAUAUGCGAGUGAUGAUCGAAUCCGACUGAUAUUAAUUCUUUUAUUGUUUAUCUUCUCCUAAUUUUGCCGGCAUUGAAGUUGGCGUGAUUCCUGAAUUUUGAUCAUAAUCACAAGCGUGUCGAGGUUGUAAUUCAAAAUCAAUAUCAAAAUCGAAAUCCAAACCACAAAUUCAGCAAAGUGUGGGUGAAAAUUUCCCACAGAUCGAUGCCGGGGAAUCGGAAAGUUUCGAGAAUUGAUUCAACGUCCGACAGAGUUGUAGGCGCGAAUUUUGAGGCAAUGAGACGGCUAAAGGUGGAAGAGAGUGAUGAAAAUGGUGGAGCUGGUGAUGAGCGGGGAUCCUACCCGGAUCGGCCGGGUGAACCCGAUUGCAUUUACUAUUUGCGGACGGGGUCUUGUGGCUAUGGGAGCAAUUGUCGUUUUAAUCACCCCUCUAGUGCAGAACAAGUUUAUGGUGUUAAAGCUGGCAGUGAGCUUCCCGAAAGGGCUGGACAGCCGGAUUGUGGGCACUAUCUAAAGACGGGCACCUGUAAGUAUGGGUCGACCUGUCGGUAUCAUCAUCCCAAGGAUAGACAAGCUGAUUUCUUGUUGAAUAUGUUGGGAUUACCAAUGCGUCAGGACGCAAAGCCUUGUCCUUUUUAUAUGCGCACAGGGUUAUGUAAAUAUGGAUAUGCUUGCAAGUUCCAUCAUCCCCAACCAACAUUAGCUGCUCCAAAUGCCGUACCUGUAAUGGGACCCGUAUAUGGUUCGGCUGGCUCUGCAGUAGUUCCUUCAUCUGGUGUGUCAUCUGCAAGUUUUCCAGGAGCACCAUUGUCAAAGGCAACUUAUUUUGCUAGUUCACUCCAAGUUCCACAAAGCUACAUGCCCUUAUUUCUACCGCAAUCGCAAGGAUGGAACACCUAUAUGGGAAACGCCAGUCCGUUGCCUUUCACUAGUGUCCUAACUGGUCCAGUACCGAACGGGCAGCAAUCUGUCUCUUAUCUUCCAGAAAGACCGGAUCAGCCAGAGUGCCGUUAUUUCAUGGAACACGGGAGUUGUAAAUACGGAUCAGAGUGCAAAUAUCACCAUCCCAGAGAAAAGCUCUCACCAUUAGUUUCAACUUCUGUCGUCCCACUCGGGCUUCCUCUAAGACCCGGUCAGCCUGUGUGUUCUUAUUAUAGCCUCUACGGAAUAUGCAAUUACGGCCCUGCCUGCAGAUUCGACCACCCAUACGGCCUCAGUGUCCCUCCAACGGCCUUUGCUUACCCGCCCCUGGCCCCAUAUCAGAGAAUAGCAUCCCUGGUGCCCGUAGCCGACGGCUCGCCGGCCAAAUCAUCCAAGUUGAGUGACUGGAUCAAUAAGGAAACAACUGCAAUCAACAAGCAUCAUCAAAACUCCAACACCAAGAGCCUUGGGGAGUCACUCGACCAGUCAGAUUCGCUCCCGCACUCGUCUAAGGCCUCGCCCGAUGUUCAUCACGACAAGUCUGACUGACGCGAUGUGGCACAGCCGGCUGUAACCACUCUCCAUCACCAUCUCUGUGGUGAUCUAUUUUUGGCUGAUCUGAUAUUUUUUUCUUGAACUCUCUUACAUUUUGAAAGGGAGUAGUAUAUUAUUGUGAUACUUUGUUUUAAUACUUACUCCCGCGUUUUAUUUUUAACUGCCAAUAUUUAUUGGUUUUUUCUCUUAAACUCUUUUUUGGAGAAAGAGCUUAAAAGAAAGAGUUGAUCAAAUGGUAAAUGCGUGCAAAUUUCUUAUUC